AUGUUGGAGGCUCGAAGAGGAAGCAGAAUCGACUUCGGUCACAUCAUCGGCGACCCUUUUGCGCUGGCCACAAUUUCUAUCAGCUUGCUCGCCUGGCUCAUCGCAUUCAUUUCCUCCAUAAUUGCGAACGUGCAAGAUCCUUUCCCAAAGUAUGCCUGGUGGACGGUUGCCUACAUGCUGUGCUGUAUUCUAGGCGUCGCAUUCGUUUUCGCGACGGACUCGAGCAAUAUUUAUAGCAUCGCCGUUGUUGGAUAUCUCGCUGCUGGUCUCGUCAUGACGACCUCAGCAGUCAAUUCUCUUGUUUAUCAACCACAAGGUGCUAUGGAAGCUGCGGCGGCAGGCCACAUCUUGCUUUCAAUGGUAGCUAUCAUCUGGAUAUUCUAUUUCGGCUCCGCACCUCAAGCCGCCCAUCGCGAAUUCAUUGACCAAUUUGCUCUUCAUAAAGAGGCAAAUGGAUUCCGUGGCCCUACUCAGAACAUGACGAAUGCUUACGACCGCCCACAAACGACAGCUUCCACACAGCCGCCUCAGAUGUACACGUCCGCUCAAUUGAACGGUUUCGAAACCUCGUCUCCAGUGUCUGGAUACCCCGGUGGACCGGCAGGCGCAACGCGGGCUUCGGCUCAACCCAUGAAUACGAGCAGCACCCCUGCUCCAGCAUCAGAAAUCGCGCCUCCAACGGAAUACCCCUACCGUGCAAAGGCCAUCUAUAGCUAUGAAGCCAACCCAGACGACGCAAAUGAGAUCAGCUUCAGCAAACACGAAAUCCUCGAGGUCUCGGAUGUUAGUGGAAGAUGGUGGCAGGCAAAGAAAGAGAACGGCGAUACAGGCAUAGCCCCUAGCAAUUACUUGAUCCUGUUAUGA